AUGGAUUCCGAUGAAGACUUUGUGUCGACCAUCUCAAGCGGGGAUGACGCUAUGCAGGAUGAUACCGACAACGACGACUUGUCUGGCGCUGAAGACUUCGAUGUAUUCGACGACGAACCCGACGACGAACCCGGCAUCCCCUCGCAGAAAGUCAGCAAGAGCAAGGGCGUCACGUUCGAUAUCAACUACAAAGUAUACACGCCGGACGAUAUUCAGCACCAGCAAGAUGACAUGGUCAACGAAGUGAACAUGAUCCUGGAGAUGAGCAAAGAAGACGCCGCUAUCAUGUUGCGCCAUUUCCGGUGGAACAAGGAGCGGCUAAUCGAAGAAUACAUGGAUCGACCAAGCAGGGUGUUGGAAGCCGCUGGCCUGGGUUCCAGCGCGGGGGGGCCUCCAAAGCUAGAGACCAUCGCCGGCUUCGUGUGCGACAUAUGCUGCGAGGACGGCGACGGCUUGCGGAGUUUCGCCAUGAAGUGUGGCCAUAGGUACUGCGCUGACUGCUACCGGCAGUAUCUCGUCCAGAAGAUCCGCGAGGAGGGCGAAGCGGCGCGUAUCCAGUGUCCUAGCGAGGGCUGCCACCGUAUCAUCGACGCCCGGUCACUCGACUUGCUAGUGGCGCCUGACCUGGUAGAACGAUACCAAGAACUGCUUAACCGAACAUACGUCGAGGACAAGGAUGUCCUGAAGUGGUGCCCGGCUCCCGACUGCGAGAAUGCGGUGGAAUGCCCUGUCAAGAAGAAGGAUCUCGACAAAGUGGUACCGACGGUGGCUUGUGCUUGCGGCCAUAGGUUCUGUUUCGGCUGUAUCCUCACCGACCACCAGCCGGCACCCUGCGAGCUCGUGAAGAAGUGGCUUAAAAAGUGCGCCGACGAUAGUGAGACGGCGAACUGGAUUUCCGCAAACACCAAAGAAUGUCCAAAAUGCAACUCGACAAUCGAGAAGAACGGGGGUUGCAACCACAUGACGUGCCGCAAAUGCAAGCACGAGUUCUGCUGGAUGUGCAUGGGCUUGUGGUCGGAGCACGGCACCAGCUGGUAUAACUGCAGCCGAUUCGAGGAGAGGAGCGGGACAGAGGCCCGCGAUGCGCAAGCAAGGUCGCGGGUAUCUUUAGAACGCUACCUACAUUACUAUAACCGAUACGCUAACCACGAGCAGUCGGCGCGUCUCGACAAGGACAUAUACCAGAAGACGGAGAAGAAGAUGGUGCAAUUGCAGACAGCGUCGGGCAUGUCCUGGAUCGAAGUACAAUAUCUCAACUCGGCCUCGCAGGCGCUGCAGACCUGCCGCCAGACGCUGAAGUGGACGUACGCCUUCGCUUUCUAUCUCGCGCGGAACAACCUCACAGAGAUAUUCGAGGACAACCAGAAGGACCUGGAACUUGCCGUCGAGGCCUUGUCAGAGAUGUUCGAAAAACCCAUCGGGGAGCUAUCCGAGCCCAAAUUGAAGGUGGACAUUAUGGACAAGACGGCCUAUUGCAACCGUCGGCGGGUCAUCCUCCUCGAGGAUACGGCGGACAACUUAGCGAAUGGGCGAUGGACUUUCAAUGUAGAUCUGAAGAACCCUACUUCUGCGGCUAGCAGCGCCACUUCGCGCGUCUAAAUUGUAUUGUAACGAAGUGAUAUAGAUAGACGAUAGUCUCGGUUGGAGUUCAGGGGCGCAGGAUCUUGCGUACGUGUGUUAGUCUAUCUGAGGUCGAAGCUGUCAAUUUUCCUCCUCCUCCUCCUCCUCCUCCUCCCCCCUUGGAUCUUAUAACUAUUCCUAACCCCAGGGUCCGAAUUUCUUAACCCCCUUCUAGUGAGAUGUGUCUCUCUAGGGCGUUUACUCCUGUGGUUGUUAUCAUCGCUCCCCCAUCGUAACUCUCGUGACUUAACCCCAUGUCUGUGUUGUACAUUGACCGAACAGACGGUGGCUGCUACUCCCGGCGGGUUUGCGGCGGAGAGGGUGGCAGCGAGAGGCAACGAAAGGUAGCUAUCCGGUGCGUACAACGUGGCAGAAAAUGCGUGUGAAAGGCCGGACAGAAAGGGAGGGCGGGCCGGUACGAUCACGCCGGACUGUCUCAUGAGAUCGGGGGGGCCCACUGCGCGGAGGCGCUAGCGAGGAAGUACGUGCGCCGAAUUGCGUUACGACACGGGUCGGGGAGGGGGGGGGAGGGGAGGGGCUUCGAGUCUGGCUGGG